AUGUCUGAGAUUGACUAUGAGAAGUUAGCUGAAAUAGAAUUGCAGAAAGAUGAAGCGGAAGAUACGCAGUCAGAACACGAAGAAACAUUUAUGCCUCCGCCACUUGAGGAUCCUGAGCUAAAUAUCAAUCACCCCUACUAUGAUGUUGCAAGACAUGGCAUCAUCCAGUUAGCAGGUGAUGACAAUUCUGGACGGAAGGUGAUUACCUUCAGUUGCUGCCGUAUGCCCCCCUCCCAUCAGCUCAAUCACACCAGAUUGCUGGAGUACUUAAAGUAUACUCUGGACCAGUAUGUAGAGAAUGAUUAUACGGUCGUCUACUUUCACUAUGGCCUGAAGAGUUUGAAUAAACCAUCUCUGAAAUGGUUACAAACAGCCUACAAAGAAUUUGACAGGAAGUAUAAGAAAAACCUUAAAGCACUCUAUGUUGUACAUCCAACCAACUUCAUAAAAAUUCUGUGGAAUAUCUUUAAACCUCUUAUAAGUCAUAAGUUUGGGAAAAAAAUCACUUACCUGAACUAUUUAAGUGACCUGAGAGAGCAUCUCAAAUAUGACCAGCUAAAUAUCCCUCAGGAAGUCAUCCGACACGAUGAAAAUCUUCGGGGGAAACAGAAGGGAAAAAUGCCACCUGUGGUUAAGGUUCCUCCACCGCGGCCACCUCUGCCUACCCAGCAAUUUGGAGUCAGCCUGCAAUAUAUCAAGGACAAAAAUAAAGGCGAACUAAUCCCCCCAGUAAUGAAGGAAACUGUAUCCUACCUAAAAAGAAAAGGACUACAAGUAGAGGGCCUCUUCAGAAGGUCAGCCAGCAUCCAGACUAUCAAAGAUGUUCAGAAACUUUACAAUCAGGGCAAGUUUGUGAAUUUUGACGAUUAUCAUGAUAUCCAUAUGCCUGCUGUUAUCCUAAAGACUUUCCUUAGGGAACUCCCUCAGCCAUUACUAACUUUUGAGUGUUAUGAUCAUAUCCUUGGAAUCACCAGUGUGGAGAGCAGUUUACGAGUCACCAGAUGUAAGCAAAUCAUUCAAGGACUUCCUGAACACAACUACGUUGUUCUGAAAUACCUGAUAUGCUUUCUCCAUAUGGUUUCACAGGAAAGCAUAUAUAACAGAAUGACAGCAUCCAGCCUGGCCUGUGUCUUUGGUUUGAAUUUGAUCUGGCCAUCGAAAGGAACUGCCUCCCUGAGUGCUCUGGUACCUCUGAAUCUCUUCACUGAACUACUGAUAGAUUUCUACACGAAUAUAUUCAACUCCCGAACAGUGCCUGGUGAGAUCUUACCUUAG